GUAGUGUUCUUUACUAUAGUGCAGUGUCCAUUAGUGAAAAUUCCUAUAGUGAUUAAAACAGUGAUUUUCUUCAAGAUUUUCUUCAAGAGGUGUUAUUUGUUAUUUCAGUGUUUGUGCAAUAGGUUGUGAAAGGUGAAGAAUUCCGUUGUAUUUUGCGGAGAACUGACACAAUGAUGUCACCGCUUACCGGGACACGGACCAUCAGUUCUUGCAAGCAACGUGUUUGCCAAUAAUGCAGUGAAUGAAUCUUUCCAUCGGUCGACCAUCUCCACAGAUCCGAAUGAAGUCGUGUGUCCUGAAUUCGCUCACCAGUCGACGUCAUGAAACGCAAGAUGUCAUCGACAACGAGUCGAGCGCUCUGGACGCUCCUGGUGCUGUCGGUCGCGAGUUCGGCGAUCGCGCAACUGACGAACCGCGCGCCUCAUUUCAGCGUCGGCGACGGCGAUAUGUCAAGGUUCAGCCUGGCCGAGGACACGCCUGUCGGAACGCCCGUCUAUCAGCUGAAAGGAGUGGAUCCAGAAGGAGGUAGGCUCCGAUAUAGUAUCUCGGGCCCCAUAUUCAGCGUAGACCGAGACACAGGUGUUGUCCGACUACGACAACCAUUAGACAGAGAGACACAAGAUCAGGUUGAAGUGGUCAUCAGCAUUACAGAUGAAGCAGUAUUCGAUACAGAGCCGAACACAGUUUCCCUUCGUCGGGAGAUUCCGGUGCGCGACGUGAACGACAACCCGCCUCGUUUCCAUGGGCGUCCCUACAGGGCGAGAGUACGCGAAGGAGGCUCGGAUGGUGCCGUAGUUCCUGUCCGACCCGAAGUGUUGGUCACGGAUGCCGAUGGCGGCAUCAACGCCGACGUGACGGUUGUCUGCUCCGCCGCAGGAGAUGAUUCUUGUGAUGCCUUCGACGUCGAAACCGUGAAACUGACUGACGGGAAAUUUCAAGCCGAAAUAACCCUGAAACGGCCAUUGGAUUUUGAGACGAGGUCAUCGUAUUUGUUAACAUUAAAGGCUUAUGAUGGUGGUUAUUCUCCUAAGUCGGCUUUUGCCACAGUAGUUAUCGAUGUCGAAGACGUUCAGGAUCAACCACCUGUAUUCUUAGGUGCUCCAUACUCUGCCACAAUUCCUGAGAAUUUACGAGCGGAUACAUCAAUUUUACAAAUCUUUGCAAUGGAUGGCGAUGUCGGUAAUCCUCGAGCAGUUCUGAUGACUUUGGAAGACGACGACUUAGGCUACUUUGCUCUGACUUCUAAUUUAACAACAGGUGGUGCUACUCUGAUCACUACAGAAAUUCCAAUAGAUCGGGAACAUCCAAUGGUCAUCGAAAACGGAGGAGUGUAUACGUUUAACGUUAGAGCGACUGAGUUAAUAAACAACGAAGUUCCAGCCGAUUCCGCAGUUUCACAAAUUAACAUCGUCAUCACUGAUGUGGAUGAUCAUCUUCCAGAAUUUAAUCAACCCUUAUUCGAAGUUCUUAUACCUGAAAGUUUAGAAAAUGGAACCCCUUUACCAGGUCUUCCAAUUGUAGUCAGUGACGACGAUCUCGGCGCAAAUUCGCACUACGACAUAUCUCUUUCAGGUGCUAAUAAUGCUUUUGAAGUUCUGCCAACUACUGCUGAAGGAAGAACACCUAUUAUCAUCAAAGUGAAAGAUUCAAGUGUUCUGGAUUACGAUGUAGAUGAUAUUUCUAAAAGAACCAUUGAGUUCGACGUAGUAGCAUCAGUUGAAUAUGAAGAAGUCGCAAGUACUCACAUAGUUCUUCACACACAAGAUGCCAAUGAUAAUUCUCCAAUGUUUGGCCAAGAGACUCGUCACAUGGAAGUCGAAGAAAAUGCAAAAUUCGGUUACAAAAUAGCUGAUAUAUCAGCUACUGAUAAAGACAGUGGUGUGUAUGGUGAAAUUAUGUAUUCAUUAAAAGGAUUUGGUAGUAAAAUUUUUAAAACAGAUAAAAAAGAAGGCGGUUUGUUUGUGAAUGGUGUUUUGGAUUAUGAGAAACGAAAAAGUUACAGUUUAACGUUAGUGGCAACUGAUGGAGGAGAUCGAGAAUCAACAAUAAAUUUAUUUGUUGAUAUUAAGGAUUUAAAUGAUAAUGCACCUAUGUUUGAUGCUUUAGAGUAUACGAGGAUCAUUAGGGAAGGAUCAACUGGAUUUGAACCUCAAUUUAUAAUACAGGCAACUGAUUUGGAUGGGCCUCGGCAAGGAGGAAGUAAUUUAACUUAUUCAAUUGAGUCAGAAAACACAUUAAGCAAUGAUGUAUUCACGGUCAAUUCGUCAACAGGAGAGAUUCUGAUCAGGAAACCUGUCAGUUCUGCGGACACUGCCCGCGGACAAUAUGAACUCACUUUACGAGCGACAGACCAUGGUAAACCUCCACUUUACAAUGAAACGCGUGUUUUGGUUCGUGUCGGGAUUGCUGGAAAUCAGCGUCCAGUUUUUCGUGGCGGUUCCUCGAAGCAUAUGAUUGGUCGACCUGGUCCUGCAAAUUAUUAUGCUGCCUUGCCUGAAAAUUCUGCACCAGGAACACCUGUCAUUCAGGUGACUGCUACUGAUCCAGACGGUCCAGAUUCGCAGCUAAGAUACAGGGCAGCUGGUGGUGAAGGGCGGGACAACUUUGUCGUUGACGAGAAAAAUGGAAUUAUAACAGUUGGUCGAGAAGCACGUUUGGAUCUGGGCUCAAAUCCUCAUGAAUAUGCGUUGCAAGUAAUAGCAAUUGACAAUGGUCAACCAUUUCCAGAAACAGCUACAACUACUGUCUUCAUCAAUAUCACGGAUGUGAACGAUAAACCGCCUCGUUUCAAUGAUUCUGCUUUAGUCGCAUUUGUAUCAGAACGAGCUGAAAUCGGCACCGUAGUAACCAGAGUGUUUGCCAAAGAUCCUGAUGAAGAUGCAUUGCUUCACUAUUCAAUAAUAGAACCUAUAGCAUCUGUUACUGGCAACGGAAUUUCACUAAAAUCCGUAGUUCGAUACGAUUUCAAAAACGCAUUCAAGAUAAACAAACUUACUGGAGAAAUUUUAGUCAACAACACAAUGGAUUACAAUUCUGCAGCAGUGAUAGUCUUAACAAUAGAAGCUAGAGAUAUAAAUGCAGCUUAUAAUAAAGAAGAUCAAGUCGAUACUACACAGAUUACGAUGUAUGUACAAGCAUAUAAAGAUGAAAAUCCUAUAUUCGAAAUAGAUGGAUGGUCUCAGAUUAAGCCUUAUAUCACAAAAGAUAUUGAUGAAGAAUCGCCUAUAGGCAGUGUUAUACUCACAGUAAGUGCUAAAGACGGAGUGAACGGCAAACCUGUGACCUUCUAUCGCAUAAAUGAAUCUAAUACUGAUUUAGUACAAAUAAACGAAAUCAAUGGAGCGAUUUCUAUUGCCAAACGAGUGGACUAUGAAGCCUUGGAAAAUAAUACGUUAACAUUCACAGUAGAAGCAAAAAGUAUUGAUUUAUCAAGGUCAAGCCUAGCUAAAGUUAAUAUUACAGUGCACAAUAUUAAUGAUAAUGCGCCAGUUUUUGAGAAGAAAGAAUAUUCUACGACGGUGAUGGAAUCUGCAAAAUAUCCCGAGAGAGUUUUGACAAUUAAAGCUGUAGAUGCAGAUUCUCAAAGAACAAAAGAUGACAAAGAACUAGGAUUUGGUGAUGUUGUUUACUCUUUAGCGGGACAACACGCUGAUUUUUUUACGAUUGAUCCGGUUUCAGGUGUUAUAUUAAUUGCUCCAAAUCGAACACUUGACUGGGAAGUCCAAUCAGUAUUGAGAUUUUCCGUUAUAGCCCGGGAUUCUCCAAAAAGUUCUUUGGAUGCAAAAACAAGUUCGGCUUUGGAAGAAUAUAUGGCUGUAAUUCCUGAGAAUAUACAUAAGGGUUCAAGUAUCAUAAAUAUCACAGCAACAGAUCCUGAUGAUGGACUCGGUGGUGAUAUCAAAUAUGAAUUUCUUGAUGAAGGCGAUGCCAAUGGAUUACUAGAAAUCAACGCAACAACAGGUGAAAUCAAAACUAAAAGUGUUUUAACUGGUAAAGGCAGAAAUGAACCUUAUUUACUUACCAUUAGGGCACAAGAUGGUGGUUUAUUGGGUUUGAGUGAUAAAAUAUUACAUACAGAUACUUCUUUAACAUUAUACAUCGGCGAUGUGAAUGUAAAUGAUGGUGUGCCAGUUUUUAUAAAACCUGCAGUAGACCAACCAGCAUUUAUCAGCGAAAAUGCGACUAUUGGUUCACCAGUAUUUCAAGCAGUUGCUUCUGAUCCUGACGAUCCGUCACAACCUUCAGGAAAAUUGAUAUAUAGUAUUCAGGAUGAUACAAGUGACACAUUAGCUUUUAAAAUAGAUCCAAAUAGUGGGCUCAUCACAACUACUCGAGCACUAGAUAGAGAAGCCAAAGAUUCCUAUAAUAUAAUAUUAGUGGCUUCCGAUAGAGGAUCACCUCCUCAAGUCGCCACCAGAAUUUUGAAAAUCAAAGUUACAGAUGUUGAUGAUCAUACGCCACGAUUCCAAAGAGAUGUGGAUGCACCACCAUUGAAAAUGUCAAUAGAAGAAGAGCAGCCGAAUGGCACAAUUAUUGGCAGUUUUAAAGCUAUGGAUGAAGAUAUUGGUGAAAAUGGUGCCAUAUCGUAUUUCAUUAAGGAUCCAUCAGAACUGCAAGUAUCGAUUUUGGUAGAGGAUAUCGAUGAUCAUUUGCCUGAAUUCGAUCAACAACAAAAUUUAACUCUUGGAAUCCGAUUAAAUGUGCCUGCUUAUACAUCUUUGAUCACUGUUCAUGCAACUGAUGAAGAUUCUGAUUCAGGUCCAAUGAAUUAUACUCUGUACGAUGUUGCAUUUGAAUCACCACUUUUCGAUUAUGAAUUACCAGGGCUCCGAGCAUCAUUUGCCUUGAAUUCAGUAACAGGUGACUUGAGAACUGCAGGAAAGCUUGUAGACUUUGUCGAUGGAUUUUUCAGUCUAAUCAUACGAGCUAAUAAUUCUAUGGAUCCUGAACGUUAUUCAGAUCUGUAUAUACAGCUGUACAUAGUUCGUGAUCGAUCUUUGUUAAGAUUUGUCUUCACAAGACCCCCCGUGAUAUGGCAAAUCAUCUUGAUGCCUUUACAAAAGAUGUUCAGAAUGCUCUUAAAAAAAUGUAAAUUGCAUGUAUAUGACACACAAGUACUAGUGAAGAAAGACCAAAGUCUGGAUUUUGGCUCCUCAAGUUCUUGUUUCCAAUUAACGCGUCCUGGUGGUACGGCCUUAACUCCUGGACAGAUGCUCGCCGUACUCGAAUCACCAGGAGCCAAGGCAGAUUUGCAGCGGGUCUAUCGUGAACAUCGUGUGAAAGCCGUCGAGCAAUGUGCUACCAGGUCUGGUGCACGUGCUUCUCCUGAAGAAAGUACUGCACAGGCUGCAGUACUGACAAUCGCGCUGGCCAUAGGCCUGGUGGCUGCUGGAGCAGCUAUAUCGUUAUGCUGCAUGCAUUGCAGUUAUAAAAGGCAUAUGAAAAGAAUGCGACCGCCACGUAGAAGAUUUAUUGAAGAUAUUCCAGGUCCUUCAUCAACUUAUCAUGAACCUAUAUAUGUAAUAAAUCCUGGAUCGAUACAACAUAGCAGUUUGUGA